AUGUCCAAUAAAAGACAUUUAUUUAAACAUCAGCUAAACAUCUCUAGUCAAUCUAUUAUGAGAGGUAGCGAUGUAAAGAAAUUAAAGCAAAAACUAUUAGAUACCUAUAAAAAUAUUUCAACAGAACAACUCGAUGUUGCUGUAAAUAAAAAGAAAGAUGUUGGUUUUGUAAAGCUACCAAAUAAAAUUCAAAUAAUAUCACAAGAAAACAAUCCAAUAUUUUUUGAAUUUUACGAUAAACUAUACCCAACAAUUUAUACAUUUUUUAAAAUUCCAACAUUUUUUACAAUUAUUUAUAUUUACCCAUUGGUUUAUCAGUAUAUUGAAUCAGGCGCAGAUUUAAUGUUUCAAGGUAUUUUAAAUAAGGAUGAUGUACCAAAAAAAGAAGGUCAAUUAGUAUCAGUUUGUUUAAAAGGCAGUAACUACCCAAUUGCAUUUGGUGAGACUAUUCAAAAUAUUACAGAACCAACUGAUGGCAUUACACCAAUAGAAUAUAAAGGAAAAGCUAUAUCAAUUAUACAUUAUCUUAAUGAUAAACUAUGGGAAUAUGGCACUAAAAAACUACCUGAUGAUUUUUCAAUUCCAAAGCAACCAUCUGAAGAUAAUGAAGACGAUGAGGAGGUAGAGGAAGAAGAAAAAGAAAACGAAAAAGAAAUAGAUAGUCCUACCACUACCACCGCCACUACUACCACAACAACUACCACAACUACAUCUACAACUACAACUGACGAACCAAAUAUUGAAGCAUUAAAAAUUAACGAUGAAAACAUUACAAAAGAAGAAAUGGAUGAAAUUUUAUUAACUAGUUUUUUAGGUGCUAUUAAAAAGGGAAUUAGUGAUUCAGAAUUACCAAUUGUUUUAAAAACCGUGUUUUCAAAAUAUAUGAUAUACUAUCAGCCUUUGGGCAAACCUGAAAUUAAUUUAAAGAAAUCAUCAUACAAAAAAGUGUCAGUAUUUAUGAAAGAAAUGGAAAAGAAGGGGCUAAUCGAUUUAAAAGAACCAACACCUGGUAACAUAGUUAUUUCAAGAAUUUUUAGAAAUCAUCCACUUUAUAGUAAAUUUAAAUUGGGUGAAAUUACAGGACCAAACAAUUCAUCAAAGGAAGAGGAUGAAGAAGAAAGUGAUCAAGAAACCGAUGCAUUUGGUACCACUGAAAUUCAAUAUACACCAAUUAAAACCAUUAACGAGGUUUAUAUAUUGCCAAAGCCAUUGAAAGAAUAUUUAAAAGAAAAACAAUUAGCAGAUGCCGAAAGUGGAAGCGAUGAUGAAAAUAACGACAACUGCGAAGAUGAUCAAGAUAAAAAUCAAAAACUUAUUGAAAAAUUAAAUAGAAAAUAUUAUUUAGCACCAGAAAUUCAAAAAGUAUUAUCUAGCUAUAUUAUAGAUUACAAAUUGGAAGAUCCAGUAAAAAGAUCGAAAAUUAAAAUCGAUUCAUUUUUAGCAUCAUUCUUACCACAAUCACUAAAGAGAAAUGAUACUGUUGGCAGUCUAAUGGAGAAAGGUCAAUUCUUUAUGGCAUUCAAAGAAACAUUAAAAAAAUAUUUAGAAAUUAUUCGUACUGAUGGUUCAAUAGAGCACAAAGAAUUUUGCGAAAUCACCAUUCAAGUAAAAAAGAUAUCAAAUAGAUUUGUAAUCCUCGUUACUAAUUUAGAACUAUUCAAUAUUCCUGUUAAAGAAUUGGCCCAAGAAGGUAUGAAAAUAUUUGCCGCAAGUACUUCAAUUGACUAUUUAAAUAAUCAUAAAGCAAUUUUAAAAAUUCAAGGAAAUGAUAUCAAUAGAGUAUCUCAACACAUUCAAAAAAAAUAUAAUAUACCAAAAAAAUAUAUUAUCGAAACCGAAUUUGUAAAAAAUAAAAAAAAAUAG